CUGGGCUUCAAGAUAAACAGUAAUGGCGGAGGCAGCGGCAGCAGCCACAGCGGCCCCAGCAGUUACCGGAGGAGGCUGGACCAAACACGUAACCUGCAGGUAUUUCAUGCAUGGGGUUUGCAAAGAAGGGAGCAACUGUCGAUAUUCGCACGACCUCAGCAGCAGCAAACCAACCAUGAUUUGCAAGUACUUCCAGAGGGGAUGCUGUUCGUAUGGGGACCGGUGCAGGUAUGAACACACAAAACCAGCCAAACCAGAGGAGCCUGACGGUCCCAAGCGAACAUCGCCGCUGCCCCCCGCUGCCGCCCCCCCCCAGCCCAAACCUGACCCCCCCCUCGAGCCCCCCCACGGCUCCGGCACCACGGACUGGGUCAACGCUGCAGAAUUUGUGCCUGGACAGCCGUACUGCGGGAGAGCGGCGGAUGGGGGCCCGGAGGACGCAGAGGUGGUGCCAUACACAGGAGAGGCUGGGCCGGAGGCGGGGCCGGAGGUGGGGCCGGGGCCGGGGGAGGCGGGGCCGGGGCCGGGGGAGGCGGGGCUGGUGAUUGAGGAGGAGUUUGAGAAGCAGCAGCAGGCAGACGGGGAGCCGGGGAAGAGGCUGUGUCCCUACGCCGCGCUCGGAGAGUGUCGCUACGGCAUUAACUGCGCCUAUCUCCACGGCGACACCUGCGACAUGUGCGGCCUGCAGGUGCUGCACCCCUCAGACUCCGCCCAGCGCUCGCAGCACAUCAAGGCCUGCAUCGAGGCACAUGAGAAGGACAUGGAGAUCUCCUUCGCCGUGCAGCGCAGUAAGGACAUGAUGUGCGGAGUGUGCAUGGAGGUGGUGUUUGAGAAGCCCAACCCCGGCGAGCGCAGGUUCGGCAUCCUGUCCAGCUGCAGCCACUGCUACUGCCUGAAGUGCAUCCGCCGCUGGAGAAGUGCCACGCAGUUCCAGAGCAAAAUCAUCAAGUGA